CGGAUUUCAGGCUUUGCUUCUUACCACGACCGACGCGAUCUAAUCCUUAAUUUAUUCCACCAUUGUCUCCUCCGGGCGCCGAAAUCUUUAACUAGAGGAAACAGACGCUCUGCUCAGUUCUUUCCCUCGUGUUCAUCCGCCGCAGGAGUCACCUUAUUGUCUACAUUAAAGCCCAACUGACAAUAAUACCUGGAUCGGCCUUGAGCUAUUCUUUUCUACUUUCCUCGAUCUUCGCACUCUUCAAAAAACAAUUUCGACCACUCUCACCGGAAUUUGGCUCACGCAGCGCUGAGGGAUUGGUUUCGUCAAGGUCUCGAACUUCGGGCGCGAUGCUCAAUUCGUUCCCGGCGGUCACACAGCUUCGUUCUUCGUUGCUUACACAACCUCUCAACAAGGAUGCUGUUCCUCCAACUGAAGAACUCGAGUCACUGUUCUCAGAAUUGAAAAUAUUGAAGCAACGGAGUGUCGAUCGGACGAAGAAAGCGGAGUCGGAUGUGAGGAUUGUGGAGGAAAGCUUUCGGAGGAUGAAGGACAGAGAAAGAGAUAAAGGGAAAGGUCGAGAAAGGCCGGAAGAUACGCGGAUAAAGGACAGAGAUAGGGAGAAAGACCGGGAGAAAGCGAGAGAGCGGGGAGGGUCCCGCGCCUCGGUCACGCUGACCGAAGGUGGUUCGUCUGGUCGGAGUGUUAGCACAGUUGGUGAUAGGGUUGAAAAGAUCAAGAAAGAGAGGGAUCAUUCUCCUCCUACGGAUAUUACUACUAUACGACAACGACUAGCCCAGAGUGGGUCAAGUGGACCAACCUCGAGCAAGGUAUCUUACGAUAAAGGAUCGGAAGACAAAAAGAAGAAAAAGAAGCGGAAGCGAGACGAGGGAAGUGAAGUUGAAACAGAACCGUCACACGUGAAGUCCGUUAAGGCUGGAACUGGAACAAGUGCUGGCUCGGCUACGCCACAACACCCCUCCUUAUCGCACUCGAGCUCCUCAAAUGCUCACGGACAUCCGAAUAAAGGUUCCGUUUCAUUAACAAAAACCUUCCCGUCAUCUGCGUCGGCUAGCGGAAGUACUACAGGAUACUUCAAGAAUCUACCGGAUUUCUCGUUACCCUCCGCGCCAAUAGCUCCUCUCUUACCAACACGGCCACAAUAUACGCCCGUUCAGAAACAUUAUUCUGCAGUAGCGGAGGCAGCAGCUUCAUCUUCUUUAGAACCCUCCACCAGUCAAUUACCGUCUUCCUCCGAUCCUUCUUCUUCUCAGCCGCCAACAAGUCAAUUACCCCUCCCGCGACACCCCCACCUUCCAAAGUACGAACCGAUACUACAUGGCCCGCCCUCAUCACACCCUGCACAUCCUCUCCAUCCUCUUGAUAUCCACGACGACUUCAGUAAAUUAAAAGCCCCAGCACAGAUCCUGGUUGGCACAUUCUACGCUAGUAUAGAACCAUGGAUACGUGCCAUCAAAGAAGAAGACGUUGGUUUUUUAGAAUGGGAAGGAGACAUUGUGGAACCGUUUGUCAUGCCAAAGCUGGGGCGGUGGUACGAGAGUGUCUGGGAUGACUUAGAUAACGGUGUCAAGAAUGUUGAUCCUGAACCGACAGGGAAUAAGAAUUGGGAUCCACACAAUACGAGUUUUGCUGCUCCAGAACCGCAAUGGGAUCCUUCGACGUUGAAGGAUGAAGAUCUGCAGAAUGAAGAGCAUGGGCAUGGACCGUUGACGGAGAGGCUGAUAUCGGCGUUGAUGCCGAUAGAGGGUGCAAUGAAUAGCUGGAAAGGUGUAAAAGCAGCGGAGGACGCUAUGGAGGGCCGACCAGGAGGUAGCGGUGCUGCAGCUUCGAAAAGGGAUAAGGUGGUGAGCGUAGCGGACUUGGAGACUAGGAUUCGGGACACUAUGAGAGCAUACGGAUUAAUGGGUCCUCGUUCUUCUGGUGGUGGCGAGGGAGGUGAAGGAUCAGUCACAAUGGAUGCCAGUGGAAUGCCCGACUACUCUGAGAAAGUCGACGAUCCGAUCGCUACUGCUUUGCGCCAUGCUCAAGCUGAGCUACGAACCGUCUCGGCCACGAAUCGCGCACGUAAGCUGCGAGUGGCAGCUAUUGCAAAAGAUCGAUUGAGUUAUCAAGAGUACCUCGAUUUGAGGGAUUCCCUUGACAAGAAUAUAAAUUUAGCCUACGCGAAGCUGCAAAAAAGGGAUUCGGGGAGUACGAGAGGCAGAAAGAAGGGGAAGAAGGAUAAGGACAAAGAAAGGGGAGAUUCAGUUGCGUUGUCAGUAAAUGGCGUUUCGGCGAGUGUUAGCGGAACCCCAGCUCCGAAUGCUAAUGGGAUUGAUGGCGAACCUCCACCACCUUGUCCUGCCGCCCUUGGGUUAGGACCGGAUCCGGAAACCAAUCAUUUAGUGGUCGCGGAGCACCUGAACAGCCUUGUUGAAACUCGUCGAAAGUGGGUGGAUACUGUCGGUGGAGUUUUUGAGGCGAUGGAGAAGGAAACUCCAGGGAGAAUAUGGGGAAUUCCGCAACGCAGUAUCUACGAAGGGCUGGAAGCGGAAGUAGAGGAAAUUUUGAAAGAGAGGAUGGGGCUACUGGCCAACAUGAACGGCUCCAACGAUGGUCCUGCUGUCAAUGGCCAUGUCAACGGGGCGGCUAAGAUGGACGGUAUUGUGGAGACUGGCGUUGCCAAACGAAGUCAUUUGAGUUCCAAGGGGAAAGAGAGACAGAGAGUCGAUGAGAUGGAUAUCAGCUAGCUGCGAUUUGCUUGAUUUGUUUUGGUCACGUACGUACAGGAUUCUUUUCUACUCUUACGGUUUUCACGUUUUCUUUUCUUACACUGUUGUUUGGUUGUUUUUUUUUGCAUUCUCUACUUACCCAUCAUAGCAUACUCAUCAUUAACCACACCAGCGCAUUUUUAAAUUAAGAUUUGUGAUAUGUAACUUAUACCUUUUCUUUAUAGCAGCUGUAUCGAGUCUGGAUGUUCUUGCACGUUGAGAAUACAUCCCGUUCUAAUCAUGGAAAACCAGGACUCGUAAUUCUUCGGAGCUUCAGAUCCUCCCUAUCUCGGACAAUUUCGCCUAGACCGCUCCCAUAGCAGAAUCAACC